UCUCAGGCUGGGGUACCUCCGAGUUAGUUGCACGUUGGAAACCUGUCGCCGUCGCUCGUGAGUCUGGCAUGGUCCCUUGUCACCGCCGAGGAAUGAGCCCUGGGAGAUAACGUCGGGGUCGGCGGUCUCGCCCACGCGCCCAGCUCUCCCGGCUCCCAGCUCAGCCCCUGCCUGGCCUUCCUCCCCGCGCGUCGGGCAGCUCCGAGGCCGCCGCUGCCGCGGGGCCACCGAGCCUUCGGACCAGGGCUGGCAGUUUUCAACGAUGGGCAGGAGGGACCUUGGCGGCGACCCCUAAAACAAUACCAUGCCCCGGGAGUCCUGCUGCUGCCGCGCCUGCUUCUUCCCGUUCCACCUCCCGGACCCGGUCGGAUUCGGAUGAGUGCAUUUCCAGGACACUGGGCCGCCAGCUGCUUCUGGUGGAGUGACUUUCCAGAAACAAGAAAGGUUGCAGACUGUGCUUACCCAAGAAACUUGUAGGCUGCUCAGUGUUGGCCUGAUUUACAACAGAAGCAAGCUUUGCCUGCCCAGUGGGACUUGUGUUCAGAGUGCUCAUCAGUCAGGCGUCACCCAUUGCCUGUGUGGAAAAUUCCUCCCCGUUGAGUGAUUCUGUACGUGGAAGACCGAGGAAACGUACGCCAAUCAGGCCAGAGACAUCAGGAAGAUUAUUAUAACAUCUGCCCUCAGGUCAACGUUGCCUCUAGCUGGAGUUGUAGACUGACAGAACCUGCUCCAGUAAUUUUGAUUUUAUUUUCUAUUUUUAUUGUUGUUGCAUUUGUUUCUUUUCUUGUUUUUUUUUUUUUUUUUUUUCUGAUCACAUCACAUUUUCUUUCUGUGUGUCAGACAUGGGCCUACAGACCACAAGGUGGCUCAGCCACAGGGCUUUUUUCCUGAAAUCUUGGCUUAUCAUUUCUUUGGGGCUGUGCUCACAAGUGUCAAAACUCCUGGCCUGCCCUAGCGUGUGCCGCUGCGACAGGAACUUUGUCUACUGUAACGAGCGAAGCUUGACCUCAGUGCCUCUUGGGAUCCCGGAGGGCGUAACCGUACUCUACCUCCACAACAACCAAAUUAAUAAUGCUGGAUUUCCUUCGGAGCUACACAAUGUACAGUCAGUGCACACGGUCUACCUUUAUGGAAACCAACUGGAUGAAUUCCCCAUGAACCUUCCCAAGAAUGUCAGAGUCCUCCACCUGCAGGAGAAUAAUAUUCAGACCAUCUCCCGUGCUGCCCUGGCCCAGCUCCUGAAGCUGGAAGAACUCCACCUGGAUGACAACUCUAUCUCCACGGUGGGGGUAGAGGAUGGGGCCUUCCGAGAGGCGAUCAGCCUCAAACUGCUGUUUCUAUCCAAGAACCACCUGAGCAGUGUGCCUGUCGGACUUCCUGUGGACUUGCAAGAGCUGAGAGUGGAUGAAAACCGAAUUGCUGUUAUUUCAGACAUGGCCUUUCAGAACCUCACGAGUUUGGAGCGCCUGAUUGUGGAUGGGAAUCUCCUGACCAACAAGGGCAUUGCUGAUGGCACCUUCAGCCAUCUCACCAGGCUCAAGGAAUUUUCCAUAGUACGUAACUCACUCUCCCAGCCCCCUUCUGACCUCCCUGGUACGCAUCUGGUCAGGCUUUAUUUGCAGGACAACCAGAUAAAACACAUCCCUCUGACGGCCUUUGCCAACCUCCGGAAGCUGGAACGGCUGGAUAUCUCCAACAACCAGCUGCGAAUGCUGACGCAAGGCGUCUUCGAUCAUCUCUCCAACCUAAAGCAGCUUACCGCUCGGAAUAACCCUUGGUUUUGUGACUGCAGCAUCAAGUGGGUCACCGAAUGGCUCAAGCACAUCCCUUCCUCUCUCAACGUGCGCGGUUUCAUGUGCCAAGGUCCCGAGCAGGUCAGGGGCAUGGCUGUCAGGGAGUUAAAUAUGAAUCUCUUGUCGUGUCCCACCACGACCCCUGGUUUGCCUGUUUUCACGCCGGCCCCCAGUACAGCAUCUCCAACAACUCAGCCUCCCACACCUGUUCCCACUCCCAGCAGGGGCUCUGCGCCUCCAGCUCCUACCCCGUCCAAACUGCCCACCGUCCCUGACUGGGAGGUCAGGGAACGAGUGACCCCACCUAUUUCGGAAAGGAUCCAGCUCUCCAUCCACUUCGUGAAUGACACCUCCAUUCAAGUCAGCUGGCUGUCUCUCUUUACCGUGAUGGCCUACAAACUCACGUGGGUGAAAAUGGGCCACAGUCUGGUCGGGGGCAUUGUUCAGGAGCGCAUCGUCAGCGGCGAGAAGCAACACUUGAGCCUGGUGAAUUUGGAGCCCAGGUCCACCUAUCGGAUUUGCUUAGUGCCCCUGGAUGCGUUCAACUACCGCACGGUGGAAGACACCGUCUGUUCCGAGGCCACGACCCUCGCCUCCUACUUGAACAACGGCAGUAACAUUGCCUCGAGCCACGAGCAGACGACGUCGCACAGCAUGGGCUCCCCGCUGCUGCUGGCGGGCCUGAUCGGGGGCGCGGUGAUAUUCGUGCUCGUGGUUUUGCUCAGUGUCUUUUGCUGGCACAUGCACAAAAAGGGGCGCUACACCUCCCAGAAGUGGAAAUACAACCGGGGCCGGCGGAAAGACGACUACUGUGAGGCAGGCACCAAAAAAGACAACUCCAUCCUGGAGAUGACAGAAACCAGUUUUCAGAUUGUCUCCUUAAAUAACGACCAGCUCCUUAAAGGAGAUUUCAGACUGCAACCCAUUUACACCCCGAACGGGGGCAUCAGUUACACAGACUGCCACGUCCCCAACAACAUGAGAUACUGCAACAGCAGCGUGCCGGACCUGGAACACUGCCACACGUAACGUAGUCAGAGGUCCCGGCUUAGGAAGAUGGACGCGCAAGCUCCGGAGAACACACACGUGUGUGCACACACAUAAAGACAGGGGAAUUACAUUUGAUAAAUGUUACACGGAUGCAUUUGUGCAUUUGAACACUCUGUAAUUUAUACGGUGUACUAUAUAAUGGGAUUUAAAACAAAGUGCUAUCUUUUCUAUUUCAAGUUAAUUACAGUUUUUGUAACUCUUUGCUUUUUAAAUCUUAAAAAAAGAAAAUAGUUGCUUACGUACUGUAUGGGGUUGUACAAAGAGAACCCAUCACCAAGGCAGAAGAACGAGUGAUUCUUCCUUCAGAUGCACAUUAACCACUUUGCUGUUGAAGCUGUCAGAAUAAAUUCCCUUCCUAGAGCUGACAGCUAGAUGAAAGGUUAGAGUCAGAUGGGCUCAUGGAGUGAGAGGAAUCACAUGGCUAAAGCACGACAGGGCCCACAUCUUUCCAUUCUAUCUCUAUACCUCCUGGUCCAGUAGAAAUGGUUUCACAAGUCUCCAGUAUCAGAGUGGAGGUAGUUACCCCAAUUAGACCCAGUGCAGGAAAUGUAAAGAGCAUGACACUGACGCCAGUUCCCGUGAGAGGUUAAACCAACCUGAGAGAACCAAGGAAACUGGGAGAUCUGAAACAUCUUUAAGAUCCCAGGGUUGGCUUCCUGACUGGGAACGUCACCCUCCAUGCUUCCCUGGCCCUAUGUAACAAUAGAAUUAGUGACUAGAGUCUGAUACCCAUCAUCUUCAGGGGCUGUUACAAUUGUUCUAGCAAGAAAUAUCCCUUAUCAAGCGUCGCUGUUCAGAUCCUAUGUCAGGUUGAAUCACAUCCAACAGAGAUAUAUUCUAGAAUACUUUUUUAGAAGAAGCUAAUAAAAUAAUGGGAAGAAUUAUAUUGAAUGGAAUUAUUUUUGAUAAUGAGAAUUAUUUGGGUAGUUUCGUGGAGGCUAUCUCAACAUGAUAUUUAGAACAACAAGAGAACAAUGUUUGGAAUAUAUUAAAACAACUUGUUUAUUUAAAAUGUACUGAUGCUAUUUUGACAAAAUAACUGAGCAGUGAGUGAUUCUAUCACACUGGAUACACUUCACUGGAUUUGUUAGUAUCAUGUUGAAAUAGCUUGAGCUAAUACCUAUAUCCCCUCCCAAAUUAUCGUCUUCCAAUCAUCUUGCAUAUAUUUUUGUAAUUUAGUUUCAUAUCCUGCCUUUGUUCUCCCCCUUCUGCUCAAUAUUUCAAAGAAAAUUAUGAAUACUAGUCAUGGUUGCACAAACAAUCUAUGUGUAUUUCUACAUGUUACAAUGCAUACUAAUGUUCACUGCUAGUGACUCUUUAGGAUCACCUUGGAGCUGGCCAAGAGAAUUCAUAUUCUUAAAAGCAAUACUAGGUUACUGCCUCAAACUAACUUUGAUCCUGUUCAUGUUUGAAAAUCUCUUCCUUUAUUUUUGAUUGUGACCAGGCCUCUAAUUUGUUAAUUGUGGAGGAAUAAUUCAUCUUACAUUUAAAGAACUGUCAUUGAAAAUGAACAAGUCAUAGAAUAAAAAUGUUCCCCAAUCAUGAAAGCGCAGAGCAAAAAGCAAAGGAUAUAGAAAAGAGAGAUGGCCAUGCUGAGAGCUGGGUAUAUCUAAAGCAAGUCCAUCUUCAGAAAACACAUGCAAUUUACUCUAAUCCUUGUCAUCUCUUAGAUGUAGAAGGGCUAUAGAUCACAUGCAUUAUCUCAAAUACACACCCUUGGAAAAUUCUUCUCUAAACCACAUUUAGGCAUUUCACUCUGUGUUGUGUAUUUUUUUUUUAUGACCAUCAUUACUUUAGGGACUCAUAAACUAAAUGCCACAAUCAUCUUGCUUUCCUGCUCUUUAAGCAAAUGAAACUGUGAUGUGUCUUCUUGUAAAAGUUUAGUAUCAAAUGCUAUGCAAGGUUUCUUUUCUCUUUGUAGUAAAAGCUCUAUUUUCUUUAAUAAUAUACCCUGACAUGUAUGUUUUAAUCUCCCUCUCCGUUCAGGAAAACAGAAAAAUAUAACUGAAUCUGUAAUUUUGUAGACCUAAGAAUUUAAACUGAAGUCAGUAAAGCUGAACUUAACUAUGAAUUAAUUCAAAUUAAUUCUAAAUGACUCUGGUUUCCAUUUUAAGUCUAUUAGCUCAAGGUUUGGGGCAGUUUUUUUUUUUUUUCUUUCUUUUUCAUUUUGUUUUCUUUUUAAUAACUAGGUCAACAUAGGGAAGGGAUAAGACCACCUGGAAAAAUGAUCAGUAUAAAGUAAGCCUUUUAAAAUUGGUACAGUGAUAUGGGGUAUUGUGUACCUAGCUGGAAAAUUCCUUCUCACUGUAAUCUUGCUCAUAACUGUGUAGAUAAAGCUGUGUGCUAAAAUAAUGGUAUUUUAACUUUUGAGGAGUUUUAUUUCUGUUAAACACAAAAUAACCAUUCUCAUUUGUUUGUACUGUACAUUUAGUUUCCAAUUUGAUUUUUGGAUACUGAAAAAUCUUUGUUUUGUUCCAAGAACAAAGUCCCAUAGAACAGAGUCCCAUAGUGUCUCAUGAUAGCCACACCAUCAUUGGGGCUUUAACUGCAACAAGGGAAACCCACUCAUUUGAAAUGGCUGGGAUGCUCUAAGUAUUCCUCUCCUGGAAAGUGCUCCUCAGAAGUCUGUUUGGAUCUCAUGAGAAGUAUAGAAAAGACAUCAGAUACUAGUAAGGCCCUGUGAUAUCACACGACUUGUCCCCGCACAAAGGACAUUGCAAAAGGAAAAGCCACAGCUUGCUCUCACAGAUAUCAUUUAUGUGUUUUUCACACCACAGGUAGUAUAUCUUUGGGGAGUGGUACUUGAAUAGGUAGAGACCCUGGGCUUCCCUAAAGCACUUCCACAUGCACAGGCAGCGGCACAUCUCAUGGUCUGGACACAGGCUAAUAUGAGAAGGAUGCUCUGUUCUGUAAUUUUAUUAGGCCAUAAGAAGAAAUCAUGCUUCCAUGUGAGAAAUAAUUCUAUUUGUCAUUAUGCAGAUUUAUGUUGGGACAAUGCUAGGCACUCUCCCUUGAAGUUAAAAAAAAUAAUAAUAAAUAAUGUAAUGUAGCCAGUCUGGUUAAAAGUUGUCAUGAAGUAGCUAACAUUGCAGCUUUAUUUCCUAAGAGUUCAGAACACAGGGUCUUAGUUUUGUCACACAGCCAAACUUUUCUUCUCUACAGGGGAAGAGCAGAGCAUCCAUUCCUAACAGAAGUGACUGUGUUGUCCUCGGGGGCAUCACAGGCACCACACUUGAUGAGCACACCUUGGCUACAGUUUCCUGGUUAACUUCCAUUGGUGUCUUUGUUUAUAGCACUUAUGUCUCAUCUAUCAAAAGGCAGCAUUCCAUGUUACUUUAGAAAAUGAGAAUAAUACAGUGGCUAAUGACUCACUUUUCUAGCUGUGUGGGAAAAGAAAGCAGAAAUGUGCCCAACAGAGAAAUGAUACCUAAAUCAAAACAACCCCCAAUUCUUGGUCUUAUAAACAUUGCCAGAUACUCUUUACUCUUUUAUAUGUCAAAAUACUAGUGAUAGGAGUCUAUAGCUUGCAUCUUUCUCCAAGUACUUUUUUUUUUUUCAGCAAGAUAAAUAGCCAUUGCUGACAAUGUGGAUACUUUUCAUGGAUUGUAGGGAAAGAGCUUUUGUACACAGUAUGAUAGUGUUUUAACAAUACAGAUUGUUUUGUGAUAGUACUUGAUUUUAUAGCUUCACAACCACCUGAAGAGCACAAAGCAAGGCAUUUGCCACAGGCAUUUUUAAAUUACUGUAAUACAUGCAUACAUGUGCACACACGUACAUAGUGGCAUUGAUAAAGGUGUCCAUGGGAUGUGCAAUUUGUAACCAAGGAUGGCAAGCUGAGGCAUGCCCCCCGUGAUCCAUCAUGGGAUAGUAUAUAUUCACUGAAAAUGACUCCUGAUGCUUCAUUAUUGUUUGGACAUAUGUUGAUUUGAUUAUGGUUUGUGUUUAGUGUGUUCUCUCUGGAAAGGGACUGCCAGGGGCCGGAAGAUUAUGUAUCAAGCAUCCUCUGAGACUGACCACGUUGCACACUUUGUUAACUACAAACUUCACUCUACACUAUACAGUACCUUGUUGAUAUAUUCAGUAAAAGCUUAUUUUAAAAAGAACACCCCAUUGUGUUUAUCUGAGUAAGUUCAUUGGAAUACACUCCAGACUUAUGCUGUUAAUGGGAAUAAAAAAUGAGAACUGCUUUCUGAUGAUGCAGGGAGUGGAAAUAAAGCAGUGAAAGAAUUUUCAUCAUC